CGUCUGUGCUGAGCUGUAAUGUCAUCUGAAUGUAAUCAGCAGUGUCAGAGGCGAGAUGAUAGAGGAAUAUUAUUAGCAAACAUCGCUGGUCAAACACGACUGACCAUUAGAAAGCAACACGGAAGAACCCAGAUAACUCAGCGAAUAGCGACAUCAAAAGGAACGAAGUUUUAACGAUUCAUAACGCGUUUAGUAAUUUUUUUUAUUGUUUUCUUUGUAAUUUAGCAGUAAUGUGGCAAGAGAAAACGAAUCCCGGUGAUAUGGACAGCAACCUUCUGCGUCUAAAACAUGAACUGUCAGAUGAGGGUCUCCAAGCUCAGAGGAAUUCUGUGAUCGGUGCUCUCCAGGAGCUCAAACUCUUGCAGGUCCAGACUGCACUGAAGGAGCUGGAGUUCUCCAGUAAAACGAGCCAGGUCUCUUCACACACUCACACAAUGCUCGAUCAGAUAAACCACAGUUCAAGAAUAACCCACCUGAACCGAACACAGAAACCAGAAGAAAUUCUUUCACAAGAAUGUUUCAAGACUGAGCUUAUCAUGGAACCGUCUUUGUAUCUCACGAGUUCUCCAGCAGAGAACCGCCAUACUCCCACGGUACAUGAACCCAGGAGGGUUUACAGAGGAAGUCUGAGCACUUCUUCCUCUUUUUCCUCUCAGGAAGACACAAUCGACAAAGAUUUCUCUUCAUUCGAUAUCGACGACUCCACUGAUUGGACAGCCUCAUUGAUGAACCACAGUAGAAACAGACAGCCAUUGAUACUGGGCGAUAAUGUUUUUGCUGAUUUGGUCGGGAACUGGCUGGACCUGCCUGAUGUUGGAGGCCAGACAGCAGGUAAGGAGCAGAAUGACUUCAGUCUUAAAGACACUCUUUCGGAGUCAUCAUCUAGCAGUCACUCUCAAGAUAUCUCCAGGAAACUCUCACUAACAGCAAGCAUCUUCAAACGGGUCCUACGUCGUGUUCGGCCACAGCACCAGCGAGAAAGCAAAGCAACGGAUAUCUGGAAACAACCAAAGGUCUCAUGCAGAAAAUCAAAAUCAGAUGUCAGCAACCCAUUCUGGAAGAGAACGAGAAGAAUGAAGAUGAAAACCACUCCCACCCAACAAGAGGGCUCAGAGGGCUUGAUAGACAGAGGAUGGGCGGAGAUUGUAGAGAAGCAUAGAGAAGUGUUUGAUUACAGCUCAGCUGUGUGGGUCUGAUACAGUUCUACAUGGAAGAGACUGUUACACAUAUUAUUAGCAAUUGUUAAACAUAAUUAGUGGACUUUUUGAUCAAAAUUAUUGUAAAAGUGAUCUUCAAGUCACGGUGCUGCCUUUAAAUGCACCUAGGAAAGUCAGCCAUUUGUAACGGUCACAUAUUCAAGUCAAAGGUAGUCUAAACAAUAUAUUUAUAUGCGGAACACCAAACCCAAAUAACUGAUAUUAAUUGAAAAUUAUAAAAAAAAAACAUUUAUAUCUUCAUUGUAAUUAUGUAAACUAAAUGUGAAGCAAUGUAAAAGUUUAGAUAAACACCACUCACAACGGACUUGCUUGCCACUUGCCGAUGUAUUGUCCUAAUAUUGUAUUGGAACUACUGUCCUUCUCCCUCAAGUGAGAGGAGUAGCACAAACUAUUAAUUUCCAAAGAUAUGUUAGGUUAACAUUUCUGGAAUGCAUUUGUAUGUGUUGUUGGUAAUGUAAGCAUGGCAGAGCAAAGAAAACUGUAUUAAUAGAGUCACAUUGUGUUGCCCACGGUGUUUCUGUGAGAUCCCUUGAGAGCCUAAUGCUGUUUCUGCUGAUGUUUGUAUCGGUUUAGGUUUAGGCCUAACUGUCAGUCAUUCUAUGAAAAAGUCCUGAUUGGUGCUUUUUCACAAAUGUCUUACUCAUGUCUUAGCUUUGCAAGCAUAAAGCUGCUUUGUAUUGAACAGAAAAACUAUGCAAUGAUGCUUAACUGCUAUGCAAAAACUGAAAACGGCACAUUCAAAUACCUGCGUUUUCUCAGCACCUUCAUGUUAUCUGUAAUAGAUAUAUAUAUAUGGCUGUUGGUCCUGGAAUAGUCUCUAUACCUGUUUUCAGAGCUAUUUAAUGAUAUGGGAUACUUUUUAUAAAAAAAAUAAUAAUAAAAAUGUCAUCAAGAAUUUUUGCUUUAGUCACGCCUCAUUAAUCUUUGUGAAUCUUUUUAUUUUAUUUUAUGCAGCAUGUAAUCUGGUGUGCACCAAGUAUGAAUCCCCUAUAUUCAUACUUAGGAGGUUUGUAGAAAAAUGUAAGAUAAGUGGAAUUAUUUAUACGGCUUUGUGUUAUAUCUGUAUCUACAGUACACUGAAAAACUGUUUCUCUAUAAUGGUCUAUGUUGGUAAGGAAUGGAAAUAUAAAAAUAAAACACCACAUCAAUAUGAAAUACAUUUAUUUAAAUCUAUGUAAAAAAUAAAAUCAUAAAGCACACAUUACUUUUAAAAACAAACCAAAAGCCAGCCAGACACUUUAAAAUGCUCAACAAAACCAUGGAGCAGAAAAAUGAAGGCUAAAAUCAAAUAUCUGACACAUCAAGACUGAUUUAACUUGGCAAAUGAAGUGACAAGGACUGUCUAUUGAUUAUUGGUUUAACGGUUAUCGGAGGAGAAGUCAUCUCUGCAAUAGAGAUCAGAAGUCAUCCUUCUCCUGCUCAGGCACAAAACGGCUGAUAUUUAUCCCAGGCUGAACUACAGCCUAGCGCAAAAUACAACCAAGGGAAAAAUAUAUAAUAAAAGUUAAUUAUCUUUAAAAAGUGGAAAUAUUAAUGACAUUUUGAUUGUGGAAAAAAAAUGCAUUGGCUUCAGCAAAAAAUAUCUUUAUCUUGAAGAUAGACAGAUCCAAAUUGCUCAUCUUAACUUUACCACCAAAAGAAAAAAAGAACAUUAGUAAUUUUUCACAGUUUGUUUAGAUAAAGAUUGAAGCAUAUUAAAGGGAAUUAGAAAGCAGUGUUCAAAAGUCACUCAGGAAAAUGUUUUGAUGAAUGAAGGGCCACUUCUUCUCUAUACAAAUGAUUAGUGAUAGUCCAAACAUAAUGAGAAAAAAA